UGGUUAUUAAUGUUUUAUACUUUUCCAUUAUUUUUAUCCGAUGGCUAUUGAUGAAUGAAAGAAUAAUGAUGAUGAUCAUUCAGACAGGAAAUUAUUAUAACGUACUGGAGUUUAUAAUUUAUAUUGUUCAAUUCACUUCCAUUGAGAGUAAAACCACAGACUACAGUUUUAUAAUUUGUCACCAUGAAAUCAACAUAUUUUUCAAUCUUCUUGAUCACCAUCAUCCUGUCCUCCAUAUCUCUGGGACUAGGAGCCAGAGUUGGCAGAAAGAGCGUCCAAGACCUAACAAACCACAAGAGAGCCUUGAGCGAUUGCCGGGCCCAAUCAGGAGCGACCCAAUCGGACAUGGACGCCAUAAAAAUGAAGAAAAUUCCCACCACCAAGACUGGUCGCUGUCUAGUCCAGUGCAUCUUCAAUAGCGCCAAAAUCAUGGACGAUGGCAGGUUCAACAAGAACGGAAUGGUGAUCGCUUUCACGCCUGCCCUGAAGGGGGACUUGACGAAACUGGGGAAGCUGAAGCAGCUGUCUGAGGUUUGCGAAAACGAAAUCGGAACGGGGGUGCUGGAGGAUUGCGAAGGUCCGAAGAAGAUCGUUGAAUGUGUAGCGAAGCAUGGAAACGCCUAUGGCUUCUCAUACAGCAGCCAGAAUAUCUGAAUGUAGUAUAUUAGACCGGGAGCCCACAACUUGUUUUUUGUGUCUCAUUUGUUUACACUCAUGAGUAUAAGAACCCCUCAAAUUCCACCUUCCAGUUACAGUUGUAUUAAAAAAGCUGGGGUCUCGAAUCAUUACUUACCGUUCGGCGUAUGUCGCAACGCAAGGUACUGCAAUUGCAAAAAAGUUUGGGUGGACGGUGUUGCCGAACGUGUAGGGUAGAUACGAUGCGCAGUGGCGCUGUAUACAGGGUGAAUCUAGAUAACACCGAAAAAAUUCAAGGCGUGAUUUCAUCUGCUAUUUUAGGAAAUAAAGUUCAUAUAAACAUGUGUCCUAACUUGCUUCGUUUUUGAGAUACAGGAUAUCAGUAUUUCCAUGAAAAAUCGUUUUCUUAUUCAUUACUCAAUUGUCUUUCCAACAAUUUCAAUGAAACGUUGUUGUUUUGUUAAUA